UUUUUCAAAAUCAAGUUUUUUGCUCUGAAGCAGGUGCAGUCGUGAUGUCCACAGGUUCGGUGAGUGAUCCUGAAGACCUCCAGGAGCUGUCAAUCACUCACAUGGACACUCGUUCCUUGGAAGACUCAGAAGACGAGUUAAGUAUCGAUGACAGUUUGAAAGCAAAGACCAAACAACCUCGAGCUGGUACCAGCAACAACAAGCAACAAGUGAAGAUGGCAAAGGAUGGCAGACAGUCUCAGAGAAACGCAGCAAAUGCCAGAGAGAGGGCACGCAUGAGAGUUCUGAGUAAAGCGUUCUCUCGGCUGAAGACCAGCCUGCCGUGGGUACCGGCAGACACCAAACUGUCAAAGCUGGACACUCUGCGCCUGGCAUCCAGCUAUAUAUCUCACCUCAGACAGCUCUUACAAGAGGACAGAUACCAGAACAGCUUUGUGCAUCCUGUAAACUUGACCUGGCCUUUUGUGGUCUCGGCACGAUCAGAGGACACCAAAGACAUUUCAGCAGCGGUCAGACUAUGUGGAGCUACAGCAUAAACAUCUGGCACCUCUCUGUCUUUUAUCCCCCUCCAUCUCUCUCUCUCUUUCUUUUUACUGUCUGUACUCAUGCACUUCCUUUGAACUUACAUCAAUGGACAUUAUGCAAUGAACAAAACUGCAUGUGGUACGUACAUGUAGUUAAACAGCAAAGUCAUUGCACUCAAAUCUGUCUUUAUAGCGUGAUUAUGUUUUCUAUCUAGCAAACAUAUGACUUUGUGUUUGAUUAUUUUGCUGUCUGUAUGUAGCUUAAAACUAACUUUUAAAGAAAAAAAUUGCAUGAGCACCAGAAGCACAAAAAAAUCACUUUUUUUAAAAAGCGCUUGCAAUUUUUCUAACCACCCAGCAGACAUUUAAAAAUCAUAUUUUGACAAUGUUUUCAACCUGUGGAAUCGCUCAAUUAUUUUCUACAUCAACACCCUUGAUGCAUAAUAAUCUUUUUAUGUAGCCUAUACCAGAUGGAGUCAUUUGUAUACGCCUGUUGACCAAGUGUAUCUCAUUUAAUGUGUUAAAUCAUUUGUUCAUUUGUAUAGUUAUACUGUGAUUCAGUUUGGAGAACUACACUAUACAGUAUUACACAUAAACUGUAAUGUGCCACUUAAUAGGAAUACUUUGAGGAAUGUACUAGUUAGCUUAA